AUGGCAGUGGACGACAUACCCACGACAACAGUUAACGACCGGCCAGAGACCGUCAAUGUUCCUGCAUCUACUGAAACCGAAGAAGAGUCUGAGACAGAUUCUGACAGUUCUACAGAUACAGACGUUUCUUCAUCUGACGAAAAUGAAGUACACCAAAAAACUGACGAUGAAGGUUCUAUACAAUCGACAGGAAGUAGCGACGUAGACUCACCUUAUAAAUACCAUUGUCCCAAAUGUGAUUUAUCCUUCAAAUAUGAUUGUUGGUAUAAAAGACAUAUGGCAACAAAUAACCCAGGGACUUUUACAUGCCAAUAUUGCCCUAAAGUUUUCAAAAGGAAAGACACUAUGAGAGAACAUCAACACCUUCAUUUGGGUGGGUUGAAGCAUAAAUGCAAGCAUUGCUACAAAGAAUUCGGCGAUAAGAGAAAUAUGAACAUGCAUAUAAAAUUGAUCCAUCAAGACUCAAUGGUCAAAUGUAAAAAAUGUGACAAAAUGUAUUCGGGAGAGAGACAAUUGAGGUAUCACGACAACCGUGUACAUUCAAAAAAAAAACCGUAUGAGUGCAACAUAUGUGCUGAAAGAUUUCCUGUACCCUGCAUGCUCUCAAUCCAUCGUCUUAAAAUGGUAAUAUAUUGA